CCCUGAAACACCAAAUCAGGAGAUUCAAGUUGUGGCAGAACACACAAUCCCUCUGCCAACACGAAACUGGAUAAAUUAGAAGCUCAGGUAUCUCAAAACCUCCUCCAGUAACUCUGUUAAGAAAAGUGGGUAUCGGGUAUGGUAACCCAUAUAGACUCACAGACACGAAAGACCUCAAUUGGCACUUCGGAUUACAGAACCUGAUGUACAGAGAUAGAGGAUUAUUUUCCGAUAGGGACCAUUGUCGAUAAGGCUGUUGUUGACUGGUACUCUUCAUGUACAGAGAGAGAGAGAGAGAGAGAGAGAGAAAAAGACCCGGCAUUCGGGUUUGGUGGUCCAAAAGGUACCCAGAGGCCAGACCGCAUCGUAUUGUCCUCUGUCCUCCUGCUCUGUUCUAGCAUAUAGGUCUAGCAUCUUACCUCUACUUUCUGUUUUUGGGUCUUUGAGAAGAUGAGAACUGAGAGAGGAGUGAGGGCUGAGGAAGUGAAAAGAGAUGGGAGUGUCCUGACAGUAAGAGAUCAUGAGAGUCCACUAUUCAGAGAUCUCAUACUAUGAGGAUUGAGGCUGAGGUUAAAAAAACAGAAGAAUAACUCAAUAGUCAUUCUCAAGAAAGGUAAGGUCUUGUCUGGGCAAAACACAAAAACCUCAGUAGUUUGCUCUCUGAGACAGAGAUCUGUCCCAAAUUUCACACUAGGGACAGGAGAAGCAGAGUAAGGGAGAGGAAAAUUCGCAGAAUAACGAAAUUUCAUAUUUUGGAAUUGAUUGAUCGUGCUCGUUUUGUGUUCAAAUCUCCAAUCUUAAAUGGCCGACGACACGAAGGAGGGAGGAGGAGGAGGAGAAGAGGAAAGAUCAAAGGCGCCCUCUUUGUUGCUGAGGCUGAUGAGCAAGAGGAGGACAUGGGUUUGUCUCUUUGUGUUGGUAUAUGGUCUUCUCUUCUCUUCCUCAUGGAACCUCCUUCGAUCCAUACUCUCCUGGUAUUACGCCACCAUCUCUUCCUCCUCCCCUUCUUCUUCUUCGGCUUUUGGGUGGCCGGCCCUCUAUGCCUCAGUGCUCUGCGGUGCCGUGUUUGGGCUUCUCUCCAUGGUAGCAGCGCUGGCCGUGGCCGUCCCUGCUACCUUGGUGACAUGGAUCACCGUUCUGGUGUUACUCACCUUCUGUGGGAAGCCUCGGAGGUCGUUGGUGAUCGAGGGCAGGAAGAUUACGGCCGAUAUUGUAGGGUUUGCCAUCAAGAUUGUGCUCAGAGAGGGCAACAUGGUCGCCGCCGUUUGUGCCGUUCUUGGGUAUUUUGCCCUUGUGAGGAGGGCCGGUGAAGAUGACUGAUUAGGUCAUAAAAAAUCAAAAUUUUCAGUUGGUUAGCUUGGCUUUCAAGGUUGUUCAUCUUCAUUUUGGGGUUUUGUUACUGCUUCCUGUAAUUAAUUAACGAAACCUUCCUACUUUAUUAGUUUUAUUAUGUAUUAAAUCCCAAAAAUCAAAUUCCAGAAAUAAAAAACUGGGUUUCUUCUUGUUCUAUUUA